GGUAUUUGCAAGCAGUAGCGGUGGUGAAUAUGGAUUCGGAGGGAAAAAUUAUGUUGAUUGUUGGGUUUUCAAUGAUGGGUGUGUUUUUUAUUCUGGGUUGUAUAAUCCAGACACUCCGCUGCAGUACAGGAUUUGGUGAGGGUAACGGCAGAAGAGGGGACUUUGGCUUUGGCGCUGAUGGUGGUGGUGGUGGUGGUGACGGUGGUGGUUGUGGUGGUGGUGGUGAUGGUGGUGACGGUGGUGGAGGUGGUUGUGGUGGUGGGGGUGGAGGUGGAGGUGGUUGUGGUGGUGGGGGUGGGGGGGGGGGUGGAGGAGGAGGUGGUUGUGGUGGUGGGGGAGGAGGCGCAGGUGCUUGCUAGAAGAUGUGAAAUAGGAGAUCGAGUCAACUGAUGAUUUGAUGUCGGCUUAUAGAUUAUGGGCUAGCUCUCGGCCGAAAUGGAUUAUGGGCUAAUCCGGUCCAUUUUAUGAACAAUUUUUUUGUAGAAUUUUUAUUUAUGACUUUCAAAUUUCAUUGAAUUGAAAGUAAAAAAAAUUAUCCUUAAUUAAUUUUCAAUAAACACAUUUAGUAAAACUCAUUAGUUAGA